UGGCCGGGGAGAGGGAAGCCUGAGCUUCCCUGCUUAGGCUGCUGCCCCCGUGACCCGACCUUGGAUAAGCGGUAGAAGAUAAAUGGAUGGAUGAUGUGCCAAGUCACCUUGGUCAAGUUCCCAUCUGAGAAUACGCAGCUUUCAACAGUCAUGUGCUGACUGCAAGUGCAGUUAGAUUAGUAAAUACAUUUGGAAACUACAGUCAUUCACAUCAGUGCUUCUCAAAUAGCAGGGCGGGUCCCCUUUGGGGGGGGCGUGAGAGGCAGGGAGGACUUUCAAUAUUAGUGCGGACCUGCCAACAUGUCCGAAUUUUUUGUACAUGCCGAUCGACUGCUAUUAAGCUCACCUCAACAGGGGGACUGGUAGGAAUGGAAUACAUGAGGUCCCCAACUUACGAACACAAUUGGUUCCAGACGACCGUUCUUACGUUAAAUUGUUCUUAAGUAGGGGAAAAGGUAGUAUUACCAAUGAUAUAGGUACUACAUGUACGUGUAUACAUAUACUGUAUAUGUGUAUGUAUGGAAAUAUGAGUUUGGAUGCAGUAGUAAUAUUAAACGAGGAUAAUUAAUGAAAAAAAAUAAUAAAAGUGAUAUAUAAUAAUACGUACUGAUAAAUGUUAUUUACCUUUGAAGAGGAGUGGUCGAGCAUGCGUCGUCGUGGUGGUGGAGGAGGAGUUAUUGAAAAAAGGACAAAUGGUGGUGGUGGUUAGACUCUUCUAAAAGAGGUAGUGUUCUGUGGGUGGUGUAGAAUUAAGCAGGCCUAUUAACUCUUCAUAAACUUCAAUCACAUGCUCUGUCCGGGUUGUAUAAUUUAGCUUUCCAUUUAGCUUUACACUGUCUCUCCCCAGUCUAACUCUUCCUCUGUUGGUCUCAUUAGCUCUAAGGCUGCAUUAGCAGUGUCACAGUGCCCUCUACUGGUCAAGCAUGUCCAGUAGCAGUAUAAAUACUGAUUGAGCGACUACAAGGCAAAAUAAAAUAAAAUAUAGACCAGUCGGCUUGUGUUCGUAUCCGCGAAUGUUCGCCAGUCGGGUGUUCGUAAGUUGGGCACCUGGUGUAUUUUCCACUCUGUUUUUUUUACAAAGUACGGCAACGUGCUUAUCAAUAGGGGACCUGGUCGCCACCGACACCUAGUGGCCAAUGUAGAAUACAGUACUAGAUUCACAAUGACUGCUUCUUCUGCGUUGUGUUUCAGUUCAUCGAGACAUUUUUAUGCUUGAAAAUGCUUCAUUUAGGACAAGAAUAAGUACAAUUUGCUAAAAUAUGCACUUCUUUUUUUAAAUUUUUUUUUUUACCAAUAAUAGGCCCUAUUCAACUACCAAACGGUGAUCAUUUAGUAAUUAAUUUUUGAAAAAAAGUGAUACAGGAGGGAGUGAUAAUGCACCGCUAUAUUGCAAGGGACGUGUAAUGGAAACAGUGCACUUAUUUCCUGAUGGCACACAUUUUGACAGCGUACUAUUAUAAAAUAAUGUUCGGGAAAAAUUAUGGUGAAUCAGGCAAUUACUGAUCUUCCACAAUCAUUUCCACCACUGUGGCGCAACCGUGUUAUUUUACUAGCGUGCUUUUAUUUUGAAUGUCUCACAUUCGAUGUUACCCGAGAAAACCGGAAGCUGUGCUGAAGCAGUGAAUAUUUUUUUUUUCUUCAUUAAAGUUAAAAUACAGGACACUAUUAAAGAAAGGCGAAAUACAAAAAUAUAGUUGAUUUCUCGGUGAAAAAAGGAGGCUUGGCGAAGUGCUGUCCCAAAUUCAGUACUCACCGUACACUUACCGGAAAUGACGAUCGCAAUAUGCAAUACGCUUUGCAUUGGUAGGACCUCCCGCAGCCGUCGGUUUCCGAAACUAACCAAGCAUAAGUUUCCAUUUUGGCCCUAAAAUAAAUAGUAAAGUUAAAAAACACAUUUUAUUUCACUUUCCACUGAGCGAUUUCCCCAGUAAAAGCGAUAUUUGGGUUCCUUCAACUUGAUCAAUCAACAUUUUGAGUUGUGGUUUAUUUAAACACAUUGUGACGCCGUCCUUCAUCUUUCCGAGUGCUCAUUUUAAGUCUAAUCCUUUAUCCACUGCAGCCGUCUGUAUACUGAUCAUUCUCACCUUGCCCCCGUUCAGUGUUUCCGGUGUUUCGCCAAACAAAGUCCAAGGGUGGUCUUCACGAAGAUCUCAUGGCGUCUCUGCUCAAGGUCUACGUCGUCGUCGUAUUCGAGUUCGCUGGAGCACCUCAUCCACACCAACACUCCGGCUAGAGUUCAUCCCUCCAACCCUCAUGGAGCAACAACGCUACAUGCUGAUGGACGGAGUUUCUUGAUUCCGUAUCUGCUGAUGCUGUUUGUAGAGGGUGUGCCGUUGUUCUACAUGGAGCUCGCCGUUGGUCAGAAGAUGCGCUUGGGAAGCAUCGGGGCUUGGCACGCAAUUAGCCCAUAUUUGGGUGGAGUGGGACUUGCUAGUGUUGUGGCAUCCCUGUAUAUUUGCCUCUACUACAACAUCAUCAAUGCAUGGAGUUUCUGGUACCUCUUUAAUUCAUUUCAAUCUGUCCUGCCUUGGUCACAGUGUCCUGUUAAUGCCAACUUGACAGGACCCGUAGAAGAGUGCCAAAAGGCUUCUUCCACACAGUACUUCUUUUUCAGGGAAACACUGAACAUUUCCCCUAUGAUUGAAGACACCGGAGGCAUGCAGACAAGCCAGGUUUUGUGCCUCCUGCUUGCCUGGGCGAUCACCUACCUGUUCAUUAUACACGGAGUAAAGUCAUCAGGGAAGGUGGUUUACUUCACUGCCACAUUUCCCUACGUGGUCCUCAUCAUCUACCUGGUCAGGGGUUUAACUCUUCCUGGCGCCAUCAAUGGUAUCAAAUACAUGUUCACCCCCAAGCUGCAAGAACUGGCCAACCCGCUGACGUGGAUCAACGCCGCCACUCAGAUCUUUUAUUCCCUGGGGUUGGGCAGCGGGUCGCUCAUAGCGUUUUCCAGCUACAACGAGUACCACAACAACUUUGAGCACCAAGCCGUCAUUGUCGCCCUCAUCAACAGCGGAACUUCCAUCUUCGCUUCCAUCGUCACUUUUUCCAUCUACGGGUUCAAAGCCACAGUGAACUAUGAGAACUGCCUGGAGAGGACACGUAUAUUGCUGCUGAAUGCCUUUGACCUUGCAGAGGAGACUAUCAGCAUAAACAAUGUGUUCGACUGGGUUAUCAAACUCAAUGCAUCACACCCAGAGCAGUUUGCUGAACUUGGCAAUAAACUGGAAGGCUGUGACCUGACGACUGAACUAGAUACGGCAGUGGAAGGGGUUGGUCUCGCCUUCAUUUUGUACACUGAAGCCAUUCAAAACAUGCCACUGCCUCAGAUAUGGUCAGUGCUGUAUUUUUCAAUGCUGCUGCUUCUGGGCAUGGGCACCAUGCUGGGCAACGUCACUGCCAUCACCACCCCGCUACGAGACUUUAAGUUCCUGGCUGGCGUUCGCACCGAGGUGUUGAACGGUACAGUGUGUCUGGUGUUGAUGCUGCUCGGCCUGGGCUUCACCACCCCUUCAGGGAAUUACUGGUUUAGCAUGUUCAAUGACUAUGCGGCCAGUUUGUCCCUCCUCUUCAUGGUCCUCAUUGAGAUCGUCAUCAUCAGUUACAUCUACGGAAUUAAAAGGUUUGAAAAGGACAUAGAAGACAUGCUAGGCCACCGGCCCAAUUGGUUCUUCAAGAUCAUGUGGGUGGCAGUCAGUCCCCUUGUCCUCAUCGUUCUCAUCAUCUUCUAUAUUGUCAGCUACAUCAGAGGAGGGGCACCCACCUACCAAGCAUGGGACAAAGAGCUGGGAAAGACGGUGCUGACCAACUAUUCCGUCUUUGGUCAAGUCUUCAUCGGCUUGCUGCUGGCGUCUGCAGUGAGCUGUGUUCCUCUCACAGCUCUGCACGUGUACUGCAGGAACAGAAAACACGGCGACAUCAAAGACGAGGUCAGGACUGAAUCUGCUUUGUCUACCCGGUUUACGGUGAUACGGUAGAUCCCUGCUAUUCACCGCCGUUUACAUUCCGGGACCAGCAGCAAACGGUCAAAUUGAGAUGCGUAAUUGAUACGUCCAUAAAAAUGUCCAUUUUUGACACACGGCUCGCUCCUCCCCCUCCAAACCCUCCCGCUAUCUUGACGUUGAUGUUCUCCGAUCAACAUUUGCAAUAAAAGCUGUACAUUUGACCUGUUUUAUCACAUAUUUAUAAAUGAUGACCGUCUGAGGGUGAAUGACAGGUGCUUCCUGCAGGGCAGCGAAUGCUGAAUGGCAAAUGCGCAGGGAACCACAGUACAUGUUAUUCACGGCAGCGUUCACACCUUUCCGCGGCCUCUACAUUGCGCCAUUUUCCAAUAAAAAUAUCACCGCACUUACUGUGACUUUCCACUCACUGCAUUCAAAACCAACUGAGCCCCACACCGGCAAGCAUUUGGACGACAAAGGCAAGAAGCUACACAGGCCUUAGCGCCUGAGAGAGUGGCAGCAUGUCACAGUAGCGCCUGAGAUUUCCACCCUUUUCAAUAGAAGGGCAGCGGAGCUCAUCCUCCAACAGACUCCUCCAGUUCCGUUCCCACAGUAAACGCGACAGGACUUCAUUUAUUCCACAUGCCAUCCGGCUCUACAAUACCUCACCUGCAGUUGAGCUACUGUAGCCAAGCAAUUUCCCUUGUGGAUCAAUAAAGUCUGUCUAAGUCUAAGUAGAUGGGGAGAAAGAAAGACCGAUAGAGGGAUUGGAGGAGGGAUACGAAAACAAGGCGAGCAUCAGUGUUGUUAGAGAUGGCUAGAAUCAACAACAGAAGCGCUGUCGAAUUAAACAAUAGAGGCACUGAUGAACAGCUGGGCUGCACGGUGGCCUAGUGGUUAGCAUGUUGGCCACACAGUCAGGAGAUCUGGGUUUGAAUCUCCAUCUGCCUUAUCAUUUCUUAUCCAGUUGUAUCUUUUCUUUUGCCACAGAAAAGGAAAUGUCCAUCAGAAAUAACUACUUUGCCACUACUUUCAUAUCAUGCAUGAGUAGUGAUGU